AUGCAUGCGCCUCGCCCUGAUAAUGUUUACUUCUUUUUACACUGUUUAAGCGAUCCGGUUUGGCUUGCCAUUCACGGGUUUGCUGCUCCGCAUGCACCUGGCUUUAAGCUGGACUGCAUGUACGCUGGCCUGGUAGACUUGCGCCCGGGUUGCAGCCUCGAACCUUUAGUUCUAUGCAUCUGGGAAACCGGU